CAUGGAUGCGGACGUUAUGGCGACGGUGCUAACGGAAAGGAGGUCGUCGGCUUCGUGGGGUUUUGGAAUUUAGUGUUGUGUAAUGCGUUUGCGGCGGAUUUGACUCAGCGGAAUGGCUUGGUGACGUCUCCACAGCCUUUGAAUAGAGAGAAGAGCUUCAAUGCGCGGUCACCGAAAACAGGUGAUGCAGGCGUCGGUGGAUUACGACAGUGCGUCGAUUUGAUACGCUGGCUUGGAGAGUGUUGUCACGUGUGGUAAUGCCGAUAGAGCUAUUCCACUGACACUCAGAUUGACAAGUGCGAUAGCCUUGUGUGGUAGUAAAGUGAUCGUGAGAUGAAAAUCACUUGAAAACAUCUCUGAGCCUAUAUACUACAGGAACCAUGAAGUCUCGUCGAGCAGCGAAGGGAUUGCUUAGUACCGCAUCUUCCAACUUUGGGGAGAGGGACCAGCUCUUUAAAAUUGCCUGGUCAUGCCAGUGGUACCCAACUUCAUGCUCGUGUACUGCGAGGGAAGGUUCCGCACAUAUGCCUCAGGUUGUAUCUAGAACCCUGGUUUCGAAGGCAGGUUCAGUUCCUGUAGCUACUGGGUCCAAGGUUGAAUCAGAAGCUGCUCAUUCGACCGAGAAAAAGAAGCAGAUUCUCCCUCAGGAGUAUAAACCAAGCAUGAAGCCUCCGAAUUUGAGGAAAGAGAUGCUUGGGCUUUAUGGAUAUGAAAUCCUGAAGACUGCCAAAGGAUUCCGUAUCUUCGCUCAAGAUGCAAUUGACAAAUCAGAGAUUAUAAUCCGGAACAUCAAAGAUAUGCCUCCGUCGAUGGGCGUCAUUCGUGCUAUGGACGAUAUAUCGGACACGGUUUGCUCAGUUGUGGAUGCAGCUGAACUAUGCCGGAACACGCACCCUGACAAGGAAUAUGUGGAAGAAUCCAACCACGCCUCAAUGAAAGUCUAUGAAUACUUACAGUAUUUGAAUUCUCAUCCGGUUCUAUACAAGGCGAUUGUUGGAGUUGAAGAGUCUCCUGAUAUUCUUACCACUGAAGAAGCAAGAAGGGCUGCUAAAACUCUCCGUAUGGAUUUUGAGAGGGGUGGAAUACAUCUUCCUUCUGACAAAUUGAAGCGAGUGAAUGAUCUGAAUCUUGAAAUCACGAGACUAGGCAGAGAGUUUGGGGAGAACAUGAUGAGGGAUCAAGGUCAGCUGGAUAUUUUCCCAGCAUCCGUGAUACCAAAAAGUAUCCAACAUAUGAUGAAGCCCAUAUGGAUGGAAAAAGAUGGUCGAGUAGGCUGGUCUCGUCGUUCAAAGUUUGUGGCAGCGGAUGACAGUAAUAUGGGUUUGCGUGUGGUUACUGAACCUGCUGUUCUCUCCUCUGUACUCAAAUAUGUGGCAGACUCUGAGGUAAGACGGCGGGUGUAUAUGGUUGGUCACUGCGUACCGAAAGCUAAUCUGCGAGUGCUGGAUCACCUCAUUGGUGCACGUCACGAACUUGCUCAGCUCCUCGGCUACAACUCUUAUGCGGAGUUUGCAACUGCCCCUACCAUGGCAGAGUCACCGAACGCUGUUGUUUCUUUCCUUGAAGACAUCAGCAUUCGUAUUCGAGGCAAGGCAGAUGAGGAAAUGAAAACACUCGCGGAGUUUUCAAAACAAGUGGAUACGUCCUGCAGCAGCACUUCAAUAAAUGCUUGGGAUGAAUCUUACUAUGCUGGUCUGUUGAAAGCUCGAACCUAUGACUUGAACGCAGGGGUUGUGGCAUCUUACUUUCCAGUAGGACAAUGUAUUGAAGCCCUCAGGAUAAUUUGCCAGACUUUAUUUGGGGCUACGUUUGAGCAAGUACCAUUAGCUCCUGGAGAAGCAUGGCAUCCAGCGGUACAAAAGAUGUGUCUGCGUCAUCCCUCUGAGGGUGAACUUGGACAUUUGUACUUGGAUCUUUAUGCACGACCCGGCAAAUUUCCCGGCUGUGCGCAUUUUACCCUAAAAGGUUGUCGAAGGAUAUCCGAAUCCGACUAUCAGCUUCCAGUGGUAGCUUUAGCAUGCAAUUUUGCCACUCCUGAUGGAAACACACCUCCUAUUUUGAAUCACUGGGAGGUCGAAACAUUGUUCCACGAGUUUGGGCACGCAUUACACUCGUUACUUUCUCGUACAGAAUUUCAGCACUUUUCUGGCACGCGAACGGUGCUUGAUUUCUCAGAGACACCAUCUCAAUUGUUCGAGCACUAUGCUUGGGACUAUCGGUUACUCCGUCAAUUUGGAAGACAUUAUCUUACAGGAGAGACCAUUCCUGAGAAGAUGGUUGCAUCCAUGAAUGAGGCCAAGAGAAUGCUUUCUGCUACUGAGAUUCAACGCCAGGUGCUGUAUGCUCUUAUUGAUAUGACUUUAUUUGGAAAACAACCGCUUCCAGCCAAGGAUACCACUGCAGUUAUAGCAGAUUUGAAGCUGAAGUACACUGGAGUGAGACAUGUGGAAGGCACUCAUUGGCAUACUCGGUUUAACCAUCUUGUCAGUUAUGGCGCUGGUUAUUACAGCUACUUGUAUGCUAGAUGCUUCGCAGCUAGCAUAUGGCAAAAGCACUGUAUAGAGGAUCCCCUAAAUCUUGCAACUGGAGAUAGUCUGCGGCGAGGUUUCCUUAUGCAUGGAGGUGCCAGAGACCCAUCUAAAAUGAUGAGAAAACUCCUUGGAGAAGAUUCCCUGAUAUGCACUGCAGCAGGAGUUCGUCCCUGCACUGAGCAACUCCUUGCAGACAUAGGACUUGUGGCAAAUUCGUGAUUUUUGCUUCAGGAGCCACAAGCUGUUGCUCAAGACAUGGACUUAACAACACCAUCUGAGUAUACAUUUACUUUAAGUGACAAUAAAUUGUGGGUUUCAUCUUUGGUUUCCGCUCGAACGUGUUGGACAGCAUGAAAAGAGGUUAAGUGUUCCUCCACAGGAGCCAAGAGGGUCUGAA